AUGGCUGUGCUGAAGGGUAUGAGCUGCAGCAGCGACGUGAAGACCUGGAUCCCCGCUGGCGUUCCCUUGACUCGAAUGAUGAAUCUAGAAAACAGAAAAGGCAAAGCGAAUGUACCCGUCAUCAAAAAGUUUCUCGUUGAUAUAGAUAAACCACUCUUCAAGGCUUUCGAACAAGUGCGCGAGGCUUGGAAGAUAUUGGAUUUGUACUUGGUGCCGGGGCCCAUGCAGCUGAGCACAGGGGAGCUGCAGCUGCCGUAUACACUGACGGGGCCCCCCCCCAUGGAGACGUUGCUGCCUGCUGCUGCAGCAGCAGCACUGAAGGACCCUGCUCAGCUGCAGAAGGGCCACAGACUGUACUUCGAUCUGCUGCAGCAGCUGCGGUCGCCGCUGCAGCAGCAGAGAGAAACUGCUGCUGCUGAGGUGCAGCAGGCGCUGCUGCAGCAGGGAGCUGUGCUGCAGCCAGGGAAUGUAAUAGAGCUGCUGCAGCAGCAGCAGCAGCAGCAACAAAUCAAACAGAUAUUCCCUAAAACUGCGUAUACAAAAGGAGCUCGAUGGCAGCUAAUACUACUGAUGCUGUAG